GGCUCUUAAUACUAGUCAAAGAAAAAGUGGAAAGCUAUUAAUGCCGAGUGGAAGAGGGCACCCACAAGCAAACACAGAUGGAGGUGGAAUGGCUUCUUGUAAUCCACGGCCUCGUGACACUCCUAGUAUUGGUUUCUUUCCUCUGCGGCCAAUGGCCUAUCUUCGAUGGCACUUUCAUUCAAAAAAUCCACUUCUUCCUCACUUUUGGUGUCUGCGAUUAUUUCCGCCGGUUUGUGGGUGCUGUUUUUGGUCAAAGAGGCUCCAAUGCACUCUUCUGCGUCGAGUACUAUUGUUGUGAUCGUCCUAAUCCCAUCCUCCAGCUCAUUUAUUUGGGGAUAAUUGGAGCCAGUUACUACUUUAUUGUGCAGUCAGCCUUUAAGUACAUUCCUGGGUAUUACUUAGGUGAAGUGCACAGGUACACGAGCUUGUUGGCAGUUGGAGGGGGUAUUCUACUCUUUCUAUUGACUAGCUUUUCUGACCCAGGAACUGUAAAUAUUGAGAAUGUUUCGCAGUAUCUAUCUGCUUAUCCCUAUGACAAUAUUAUAUUCUCAGAAAAGGAAUGUCCAACCUGCAAGAUUCCAAAACCUGCUAGGUCAAAGCACUGCAGCAUUUGUGAUCGUUGUGUCGCUCGAUUUGAUCAUCAUUGUGGAUGGAUGAACAAUUGCAUAGGCGAGAGAAACACCAGAUACUUUAUGGCUUUUCUUCUCUGGCAUUUUCUUCUCUGCUUAUAUGGGACAGUUGCUAUUGGACUAGUGCUAGCUGGCCGACUGAAAGAACUACGGGUUAUAGAUAUUCUUACUGUUUAUUAUGGCUUCGAGAACUCAUUUAGUAGUUUAGCUCCACAUGUUGUAGCGUGGUUGUUGGAUUCAUACAACACUCAAAUACUUAUCAUGGUGUUUCUGGCUAUAGUGUCUAUGUUACUUGCCGGUUUCCUUGCAUACCACACCAAACUGUGUGUCACAAAUACUACAACGAAUGAGACUUUCAAAUGGCAAGAAUAUUUAAACUGGAAGAGGAAAGUCAAUGAAGCAAAGGCAAGUGCAGCAGCUCUCAAAGCAAGUUUAGGUGAAUUGAACCAGGAAAUGACGCGCCCUGUGAGCAAAUGGAAGGCCUUCUUUCGGAGGUCCCAUCUGGAAGAAGUGGAGGUGGUUAAGAAUAACAUUUACGAUAAAGGACUACUCCAGAAUGUCUCUGAGAUUGUAAUUCCUCUUUCAACAAGACGUUCAUUCAUACAGAGGAAAUCAAAAUCAGGUUAGAAUUGUCAGUUGGUGACCCAUAUUCCAUUGGGGCUUGAUAGCUCAUCUUGGUCCAAGUCUUUAGUCUAAUGGUCAUAAACACCAAGGAGAAUGCUCUAAAUGUGAAGUACGCUCGAUUCUAUCAGAACCUAUUAUAAGUAUCGACAAGUCAUCUACCUUUACUCUUGGAUGGGCACGGUUAAUGCAGUUUAAUUGCCCGUGGUGAAAGGAUUGGACGGGUUCUGAGAAGGGGUUUAAGUGCCAGUAGUGGUGUUUGCUUCCUUUUAUUUGCUGCGGCUGCAGCUGUUGAAGGGAAGGGCUUACUGUUCUUUUUGGUGCAUUCUGAUUCCUACUGGUGUAGCCUGGGUUUCUUCUCAUUUCUAGGAUAAAUUUCAAUCCUACUUUAUUUAACUUUUUAUAGCUCUUCGCUGCUUAGCAGCAAAUUUUUACUUGUACUAUGUAAUACGACGAGAAUGAGUACCUGGUAUAUGUUGCAAUCCAAUGUCUCAUGUUUCCACCAGCUGUGGAACUGGAACUCUGUAGAAUUCAAAUAAAUUUUGUGCUAAUGUAGCGGAAAAAGAGAGAAUGUUACCCAGCA